AUGAGCGCGGCUUUCCAGCCCUCGCUGAUGAUGAUGCAGCGCCCGCUGGGGAGCAGCACGGCCUUCAGCAUCGACUCGCUCAUCGGCAGCCCCCCGCCGCCAGCCCCCGGGCACUUCGUCUACACCGGCUACCCCAUGUUCGUGCCCUACCGGCCCGUCGUGCUGCCCCCGCCGCCGCCGCCGCCCCCCGCGCUGCCGCAGGGCGCCCUGCAGCCGCCGCUGCCCCCCGCGCACCCGCACCACCACCAGCUGCCCAGCCUGCCCUCCGGCUUCUGCUCCGGUCUGGCGCAGGGCAUGGCCCUCACCUCCACCCUGAUGGCCACGCUGCCCGGAGCCUUCUCCGCCUCCCCGCAGCACCAGGAGGCCGCCAGGAAGUUCGCGCCCCCGGGCAACUUCGACAAAGCCGACGGGCUGCCCCCCGACGGCGGCGGCGACGACGGCAAAGCCUUCCUGGGCAAGGACGGGGGCGCCCUGCUGCCCUUCCCGGCCACCGACGCCGUCCAGGCUUCCCUCGCCGGGGCUCUGCGGGGCCAGGGGAAGGAGGACCCCAAGGGGGAGGACGACACGAAGGGCAAGGAGGAAAGUUUCUCCAUGGACAGCGACCUAGACUACAGCUCCGACGACAACAUCCCCGGCCAGGCAGCUCACAAGGAAGAGGACUCUGGCAACGCGCUGGAGGAGAACCCCCAGAACGCCAACAACUCCAACAACACCACGUCCACGGGCAAAAACCGGAGGAGGCGAACGGCCUUCACCAGCGAGCAGCUGCUGGAGCUGGAGAAGGAGUUUCACUGCAAAAAGUACCUGUCCCUGACGGAGAGGUCCCAGAUCGCGCACGCCCUCAAACUCAGCGAGGUGCAGGUGAAAAUCUGGUUCCAGAACAGGAGGGCCAAAUGGAAACGGGUCAAGGCGGGCAAUGCCAACUCCAAGACGGGGGAGCCGUCCCGAAACCCUAAGAUCGUGGUGCCCAUCCCGGUGCACGUCAGCAGGUUUGCCAUCAGGAGUCAGCACCAGCAGCUGGAGCAAGCCCGACCCUGAUCUCCCCCUGCCCUCAGAGCCACGGGGUUUGGAGGAAAAGUUUCCCAGCUGGGGUUUGACAGCAACCCAGCUGAAAAGAAAAGAGAAGAAGAGGAAAAAAACAGAAGCAAAACCCGAGUCCCCAACGACAGCAAAACCCCUCCGCGAGCUCGCAGCAAACCCCAGCCUCGAGCGAACUUUGCAGCGAAACUUUCCACGUCCUGAGCCGAGCGAGAGCCCGCGAAGGGAAGAGGCUUUGAAACUGUUUUUUUUUUUUUGUUUGUUUGGGAAGCGGGAAUACCAAACCCUGGGAGAGACGCGCAGAUAUUUAUUAUUACCGUGCUGCCCCACUUUGUACAUACACGGUCGUGCUGCCUCGGCUGCGGCGGCGCGGCUGCGACGGGACCGGAUGAGCAGAGCCCUGCUGCCGCUGCCGGAUCCAGCCGAAAUUUACCCGUGCCCCCCUCGCCGGCAGAGCCCCCCCCAGCGAAACCCGCAGCGCACACGUAGCCAGCUUUGGGGUUUUGUUUCUUAGCGGUGCGAAAGGUAAAAAAAAAAAAAAAAAAAAAAAAAAGGGAGAGAGAGGAGAGCAAAACGAAACGAAGCCGAGGGGUUGGUUUCAUGCCUUUUCUGUUGUUUUGUUUUACUUCGGAUGGCUGAGGGACAGGCACUGGGUGAUGGGUUUUUAAAUAUAUUUUUUGCCUGGCUUUCUGUCGAUUUGGUUUGCCGAUUCUACCAAGCCAUGUUUAAAACAGAGAAAGAGAGGAGGGGGGAAAGGAGAAAAAAAAAAAAAAGGCACGAUCUUCUCUAUUGUGUUUAAU